AUGCCACCAAAACGAAGAGCCCUGGUGGGCAGAAGUACAUCGGCUUCGAGAAGAAUGGCAGCUUCCCGAGCAGCUGAGACUCCAGAACAAGGGCAGGUUCGACGCCAGGAAGAUCGGGCAACGCAUGCGGCCUCCAUAGCAGCUGAGACUCCGGAACAGAGAUGCAGUCGGGUCGAUGAUCAGCGUACAAGACAAGCAGCUUCUACAGCAGCUGAAACUCCAGCACAGAGACAGGUUCGAUGCGAGGAAGAUCGGACAAGGCAUGCGGCCUCUAGAGCAGCCGAGACUCCGGAGCCAUAA